CUCUCCCCUCUCCUCCAUCUCCGAUCUCACCAUUGUUUCUGCUGUUCCACCACCAUAGCCACAAAACUCCACUUAGAUGAUGCGUGACCAGCCUUACGUGGGAUCGCAGCACUAUUCCGCCCAAAACAUGGCCGACGGCGGAGACCUGUCCUACCUCGAUUACUAUUUUCAGCAGGACGCUGCGUCUGAGUCUGUGCCGGCUCCGGUGAACCCGCAGGGGAGCAAGAAGAGGGGGGCGUCGGCGAUGGAGGUUGAGGCGCCGCAGGGGCUGGGCGUGGUGAAUCUGUGGAAUGAGAUGGGGGCGGGGGAUCAGCAGGGGUUUAAGAGGCAGAACUCGCUGUGGGAGUCAAUGGAUACCGGUGGCGGGCUAGCGCUUCAUGUGGUGGAGUCGUCGGUGGGGUUUGGGGUGCCGCAGGUGCAGGGCAUGGUCAACCUUGGAGCUCAGUGGACGGGAGGGGCGCCGUCGGAGGCGCGGGGGUCCAAGAGGCAGCGCUCGCCGUCGGGCUCGAUUGAGACCGCGAGUGGCGGGAGCUAUGAAGACGGCGGAAGCGAGAACGUGGAUGAGUCUGUGGUGCUGGCCACCGGGACGGGGGAGAAGGGCGGAGGGAGAAGGCUGUGGAAGAAGGACCGCCACAACGAGUGGUGGGACACGGUUAGCAGCUCGGGCUAUCCCGCGGCGGACUUCAGGCACCAUUUCCGCAUGUCCCCCUACACGUUCCAGGUUCUGUGCGAGCAGCUGGCGACCGCCGUCCGCAAGGAGGACACCGCGCUGCGCGCCGCCAUCCCCGUGCAGAAGCGCGUCGCCGUAUGCGUCUGGCGCCUCGCCACUGGGGAGCCCCUCCGCAAGGUCGCCGAUCGCUUCGCCAUCGGGGUCUCCACCUGCCACAAGCUCGUGCUCGACGUCUGUGGCGCCAUCCAGGCCACGGUCGUGCCCAACGUCAUCCAGUGGUCGGCUGCCGCAGCCAUGGCCACCAACGCCGCCAAGUUCGAGGCCUUGUCAGGCAUCCCAGGCAUCAUCGGCGCCGUCUACACUACCCACGUGGCCAUUAUCGCGCCCAAGCACCACGUCAUCAACUACUUAAACCCACGCGCCACAGCGCGCAAGAGCAAGACCUGCUACAGUAUCACCCUGCAGGCGUCGGUGGACACGGACGGGACCUUCACUGACGUUUACGUCUGCCCAGGCGCCAUGACCGACGCCCAAACCCUCCUACUCUGGUCGAUGAACAAGCCAAAGCUUAUCGGGGAGACCCUUGGCCAGGGCAUGCGCUUGGUCGGCGGCGCCGGCUACCCACUCACGGACUGGAUGUUGGUGCCCUACUCCCACCAGAACCUGACGUUGACGCAGCACGAGUUCAACAAGAGAGUGGCAAACGCGCGUGCCGUGGCCGUGAGCGCCUUCCAAAGGCUCCAGGGGCGUUGGGCUUGCCUCCAGAGGCGCACCGAGGUCAAGGUGGACGACCUUUCCAUCAUGCUCGGCGCGUGCUGCGCGCUCCACAACAUUUGCGAGCGCAGUGGCGAACCCUUCGACCUCCAGCUCCUGCAGGGCUUGGAGCUAGAGCUCGACGACGACAACAUGGUUGCCAAUGACCCUGUGCCCUCCCCCGCCGCUGGGCAGAUGCGAGAUACCAUCGCCCACAACAUGCUUCACCAUGCCACGGUGGCCGGCGCUGGGUCUUUCUACUAGCAGCUACAUGUUUAACUUCUUGACCGGAUCAGCCGAUAAUACAAGGAAUUAAUAAGGGAGUAGAGCACCAAAAUUCAUUCGUUGUUUAAUUUUUGUUGGAACGGGAAGAGCCAACAAGUUUUGUUCUCGAGAUUAGUCCCUUUUUAGUAUGAUUUCGGGCAACAUUUUCUUGUUUUUAGGUUCAGACACAAGAUUGUGGUUUUUGAGAUAUUGAAAUGAUGAUAUUUGUUUCUUCAUUGUUUUAGGAUAUCUCUUGGAUCUUGUAUAUCACCAUCAA